AUUGAAGUCUGUUAGCGUUGCGCCUGCAUCCAGCAGCAACAGCAAGUCAACAACCCAGCAACGAGGUUUCCACCAUCGGCUUCGGCGUGUCGCCAAGCAGUCGAUGAGCUCGGCGCCCAACAGACAUGAACGCGCUGUGGUCAUCACGCGCCUCGGGCGAUGGCGGCGCAGGAAGCGAGAAGCCGUCGACCGACCCUCGGCCCGAAGAUGAAGAGAUUGAUAAGGAAGAGCUCCCGGAACACACCGACAAGGAAGCCCAGCCGCCGCCCAAGCGACCGCUCCUACAGCGGAACCAGGCCUCGGCCCCGCCGCCGACGCCGCCCGCACCCUCCGAGCCAGCACCACCGAUUCCCCAACAACAGCCUGACAAUGACAACAAUGCCGAUAGUGUUAGCGACGACACCAACACAAAUGCCCCUGCACCUCCGCAGUCGCAGCCCGAGUCCCAAGGGCAAGGGCAAGGACAGGGCCAAGGGCAAGGACCAGGACCAGGAGGGCAGCAGCAGUACCAACAGCAGCAGCACCAACAGCAACAGCAACAGCAACAGCAACAGCAACAGCAACAGCAACAGCAACAGCAACAGCAACAUGUACCUCCUCAAGAUUCGCUCUCCCUCGCCCAGCUCCGCCGCAUCGUCGCCGACUUCCCCCGCGCCGAGCCGGUCGCCUACGACUACGUCUACGCCGACACGUCCGCCCUAGAGGACGAGAUCGACGAGUGGUUCAUGUACAACUUCUGGCAGUGGGUGCGCCUCAACGCCGCCAACCGCGCUUUCCACUCGGCCUGGGCCCGCUUGUUCCCCGAGUCGGACCCCGCUGUCGGGUGGGAUGAUGAUGAUGACGAUUGUGAUGGUGGUGGUGGUGGUGGCGGGGAGCAGCAGCAGCAGCAGCACAGGAGGGUGUUUGUGCGCCGCGUGUUGGAGGGGUUCGCGAGUGCGGAUAGGAUCGAGAGAGCCGAGGCUGUUGGUGCCAUGGUGUAUCUUGUGCUGGGGAGGUGGACCGAGACGGUCAAGGCAGCGGGGACGCUGCCGAGUGCCGUGCUGGAGGGAAAGGCGAGGUCCGCUGCCACGGAGGUGCAGUUGCAGGCGAUGAAGGAGGGGGUGAGGUUGGUGGCAGAGUGCGGCGGGAUUGAGAUCGCGUGGGAGGCGUUGAAGGGCGCUUUUGACUUGUUUUGGGCUGAUGAGCUCCCGCAAAACGUCCAGAUGGCUGCCGAAGAGUUGAUUAACUUGAUGACCAUCAUGUACAUGGCUAUCCUGGAGGCCGUGGACGAUCCCGAAGGCAUGGCCGAGGCUCGGCAGAGGCUCCUUGCCCUUAGCCCCAGCUUAGUCAACUUCAUGCUCCAGGUGACCACAAGGCUUCGAUGGGACGAGACGGGCAUUCUUCCGCAAACGCAGAUAUUCCUCCUCUUUUGGAAGUCCAUUCUGCUCCAGUUUGGCGGCUCUAAGGAGAUCACCGACGCCAAGGAGACCCUGGGCGAGAUGAAGGGCUGCGAAGACAAAGAAACCAUCACGGCCUCCCCACUGGACUACCACGUCUUUCGUCAGGAAAUCACUUCGAAAUAUCCUGCUUACAUCCCGCCUCAACCGCUUCUGCCCAUAGAAGCGGACCAGACAUCCAUCCUGCCACCGCUGCCCAACCGCCCGGCAAGAAAUAACGCCUCUAACGGAAUCCUUCCCGCUCCGCGGGGGCAGGGCGGAGGGGCCUCGAUCCUCCAUCAGCCCGUGCACAUUGCCACGCCCGCUCCGUCACCGCCGCCCAGCCCUGGAGUUGGCAAGGGCGGUAAGAAGCAGAACUACCAGACGAAUCAGAACUUUCCCUUCAUGUACCCGCCUCUCGAUGCCACAAGCAACAGCGCGGGCGGCAAGGGACCAGCUGGGCUGCAGGACACGCUGGUAGGCAGGAAGUGGGAGGGCAGCGACGUCCCGGCAUCGAUCCUCGAGGCCGGCGAGCUUUUCUCCAAGCGAGUGCGUAUGACGCGAGCAACCCGGCAGCUAUGGGAAGAGCGGGAAGAGUUCCUCAGGUUCGAACGCGGUUACGAGGCCGGUGACGACAUUAUCGACGAGCUCGAUCUCUCAUCUCUGACGCUGGAAGAGAGGGAGGAGCUGGGCCUGAACAAAUUAGCCGACGACCGGCCACGGAGAGCGUAUACAUCAGGGGUAGAUUAUGGGCCCCGGGGCGUUGACCAGCAGACCAAGGCACGGCUGGAUGGCGUGGAGGCGUUCUACAAAGAAGCUCUCCCACACCUUCAGUCCUUGGUCGUCGUGUUGCUGAAGCAGAUCGUGGCUAUAGCUAGCAACCUAGUCUCGCCCGCGACGGCCAACGGCCCCCAAGGUCCACCCAGCGCGCGGCCGGUUGGCGGGCAGCAGAACGGGUCGAACGGCAUCAAUGGCGCCUCCAAGGGUGACCCUUCCUCCCCGCUGGAUGCCGACGUCGACGAGCUGCGCAGCAGGGAGAUCGCGGCCAAGGCUGUUACAGGCAUCUUAAUGCUUCUGUUGAAGUGGUUCAAACUCUCUCAUGUCCUCAAGUUCGAGUACUUGACACAGCUCCUGCUGGAUGCUAACUACCUCCCAUUGGCGCUUAAGAUUUUUGCCAUGUAUGACGUCCAGCAGGUGGUCGAGAGCAGGUCGGACCGGCUCGAACAUAGCUUCUUCUACUUCUGCGGUUCCCGCGCAGGCGUCAUACCCCCGCAGCACACCGUCCCCAACCCAACAGCGACCGAAUUCGAGGACGUCAGUGACGACGAUGGCCAUGAGGAGGAAGACGACGCGGUCCCGCCCCCCAUCAAACGGCGCCGCUCUCCUCAUAGCGCCUCUUCUGAGCAGCCGGACUCAUCCACCUCCACCUCCGCCUCCUCUAGCAACCCGGGGCAACCGGCCCCGUCAACUGAAGCGCCUCCCCGUCCCGAAGUAGACGAGCUCGGCUGCCCCAUCAACCCCCUCCCCGCGGAACCCAUCACCGACUUCUCCCGCCGCAACUUCUUCUCUCUCAUCAACUACCUGCGCAUCAUGCAGAAGAUCUGCAAGCACAAGGCCCACCGCAACCUGCUGAUGGUGCAGUACAAGUCGUCCAACUACCUGCGCAAGUCGCUGCGGAUCCCACAGCCCGAGCUCCGCCUCUACACGCUCAAGCUCUUCAAGAACCAGGUCCCCUACUGCGGCCGUAAGUGGCGCCAGUCCAACAUGCGCGUCAUCACCGCCAUCUACCUGCACUGCCGGCCCGAACUGCGCGACAGCUGGCUCGUCGGCGCUGACAUCGACGCCGAGGUCGACGACGCCGUGCCGCUGGAGCAGGCGCUGCGGAGUCUGACCCACUGGUUCAACCUGAGGAGGUAUCCUGAGCGCAUGACGGCGGGGAAUGGUGCAGGAGAGAUGGCGCUGAUGCGGCAGGCUCUGAGGGAGGAGCAGGACUUCUUCGUGAGGGAGCUGGAGAAGACGGAUCUAAGCUGGCUUGUUGAGCAGGAGUCUGCGGGCGGCGAGGGAGGAGACGCGGCUGGGAGCGUCGCGGGUGUCGGGUGGGAACAGGAGGGUUGGGGGUGAAGCUCGGCUACUGCUACUAGUAGUAGUGAUGCUGAGGAAAAAGGGGAAGUUUGGACGAUCGAUGAUGUGGGGGUAGUGCGCGCAGCGUUCGUCCUGUAGGUUC